ACGUGUGCUUGGAGGCAGUUAAUUAUUCUCCCAGUUCCCCAGCAGCCACAUUGCUUGUUUUGUCAGUCAGCAGAGAGGAAUUGAAACCCUGGAAGUUCGCUUUUCUUGUCAAAAAGAAGAAAUAUUACAGUUGUUUUUGUCUUCUUGCCAAACUUAAGUUAAAUCAGCAGAAAAUAAGCGUUUGACAGCUAUGACAUACAGACUUUUUGAAGGUAAGGAGCAUGCUGCAUCCUAUUGGAAGUAUAGAGUCUCUCCUUCAGAUCAUCUAAUCCAACAAGUUCUGGACUUCCUAGAGAAGCAUCGGAGUCGUCCCUUUGGGCUGGCUGUGGACGUGGGUUGUGGGUCUGGGCAGGGCACGCGGAUCCUGUCCAAACACUUUGGUUCGGUUGUGGGAACAGACGUGAGUCCUGCUCAGUUGGAAGUGGCUUUGCAGCAAGCAAAAGAGCCAAACGUCACAUACAGACAAUGUGUGGCUGAGGAGCUGCCCUUCGCUGACAGCUCAGCGGACCUGGUGACGGCCAUGUCUGCCUUCCACUGGUUUGACAGGCCUCGGUUCCUGCAGGAGGCCCACCGGGUCCUGAAGCCCCAAGGCUGCUUGGCUCUGCUCAACUACACAAUUAACAUGGAGCUCAGCUACCCCGACUGCUGCAAACAUACACUGAACCAAGUCUGCAAAGAGUUUUAUGCAGCUCUGGAACCUUACAGGAGUCCCCACCUUGGUCAAAGCUCUAUUGAUCUGUACAGGGAGGCGUACGGAUCUAUUCCUUAUCCCGACAAGGAGUGGCAGGAGUGUUUUUGGGACAGAAAUAUUAUGCCGCUGUCCAGCUACAUGGGAUUGGUGGAGUCUUUUUCCAGUUAUCAAGCUCUGCUGAGAGAAGAUCCACAGAGAGCUAACAGGCUGUCUCAGGAUAUAACUGAGAGGCUGAUGUCUGUAAUGAAAGUGACCUCUGCAGAGGCAGAAGUCACAGUGGCUGUCAAGUAUUUCUACCUCCUGGCCUGUAAACCUCAAGAAACCUGACUUCUGGCAGCUCUGCCCUUUUUUUUAACAAAGUCAGGAAAGGUUACAUCUGCUUUUACUGGUCCUGAUAAUUGUAUAAAUUAUUGUCUUUGGACAGGAAUAAUCUCACUAUAUAUCUGAAGUAACUCUUUGGCAUUUGGUAAAGUGAUUAUAUUUGUUUUCUACUGACAUUUAAAUAAAGUGAUAUCAUUCGCAUGUCUCUAAAUAACAGUAGCAAACAUUGUUUUGUUUGAAAAUUUUUCUUUUUCAGUUUCACAUAAUGCCAGUAGAGGGCGACAUUUGAUCAAAUGUCCUUUUGAUUAAUUGUGUACGUCAAUCAUCUUUUGAGGUAUGUCGCUGUCUUCACCUUCCAUUCUGAAAGUAAAAAUCAGAUAUUUCUGUAGUGUUUUUUUAUUAAAUGUAACUGAGAUCAUAACUUUCAA